UAGUCGAACUACAUUUACAGCUAAAGAUGUUUGUCUUGAAAGUGAAAUGUCAAGAGUCUGAAGUUAGGGAUUCAAGACUGACACUCCCUGGAUGGUCUCACCCACUCUUAGGGUUCCUGUCAUCCCCUUUGUGUUGAUAACUCCCAAAUCUGUACCCCCAGAAGACACCACACUCUUGGACUGCAGAGUCCUGUACUCGGCUGCCUUCCAGACAUCCCCGGUGUGGGAUCUGCAGAUUUCCACAAUUCCAUGUGUCCAGAGUGCACAGGCUGUACCUCCGCAGUGUCCCUCUUCCACUGAACUAUCCCACCAUCCCUCCAGUUGGUCAGGCCAAAAACCUGGGGCAUCCUUGACUUUUCCCGCCCCUUCACUUCUGGCUUACAAGGUCCUGCAGGAUCUGGUCCCCGCUUAGCCCCCGAGCCCACUCUCACGACCAUCCACCUGGAUCUUGAGCCACAGGAGGCGCCACAUUCUCACUCUUCUGCACAGUUUCAUAGUGUUCUUUCUCCUCCUUCCUCCGUUCUUGAGCUUCUCGGCCAUUCACGAUUGAAGUAAUUGAUUUCAGGCGUCCUUCCCUGAUCUCUGCCUGUGUGGAUUUGAGGAGCGCCAGUACACUUCUCACGUGACACUCAUCACACUGGCUUGUUGCACUUGCCAUGGGAGGGCCUUGUCCACUGCUGCCUCCGUUGCGCUGAGCACUCGGCCUGAACCGUAAUAGGGAUAAUGACUCUUCGUGCUUCUCGCCUAAGUUGAAUAAGCAACUUGUGCACUUUAAUCCCCUGUCAGUGCCAUCAGGCUGACAGAAGACAGGUUUUUGAAAUCUCAGCUAUAAAGACAUCCAGCCAAAGUCUCAAUCUUGCCUUAACAAUGUUUCAGAGACUGAAUAAAAUGUUUGUGGGUGAAGUCAAUACUUCUUCCAACCAAGAACCAGAAUUUAGUGAGAAAGAAGAUGAUGAAUGGAUUCUUGUUGACUUCAUAGACACUUGCACUGGUUUCUCAGCAGCAGAAGACGAGGAAGAAGAAGACAUCAGUGAAGAGUCACCUACCGAGCACCCUUCAGUCUUUUCCUGUUUACCCACGUCUCUUGAGUGCUUAACUGAUACAAGUGAUUCCUGCUUCCUCCAGUUUGAGUCCUGUCCGAUGGAGGAGAGCUGGUUUAUCACCCCUCCCCCAUGUUUUACUGCAGGUGGAUUAACCACUAUCAAGGUGGAAACCAGUCCUAUGGAAAACCUUCUCAUCGAACACCCCAGCAUGUCUGUCUAUGCUGUGCAUAACCCCUGCCCCAGCCUCAGUGAGGCCCACUGUGGGACUGAGGAAUUUCAUAACCCAAGCAGUCCCAGAGUGGAAGCUCAGAAUGAAAUGGGGCAGCACAUUCAUUGCUAUGUUGCAGCUCUCGCUGCUCAUACAGCUUUUCUGGAGCAACCCAAGAGCUUUCGCCCUUCCCAGUGGAUAAAAGAACACAGUGAAAGACAGUCUCUGAACAGAAAUAGCCUUCGUCGCCAAAAUCUUACCAGGGAUUGCCACUCUCGGCAAAUCAAGCACAAUGGCUGGGCUGUCCAUCAGCCCUGCCCACGUCAGUACAAUUACUAAGAAUUUCAAGUGUGUUUGGUGGGUUUCUCUUGGUUUGUGCAUAUGUGUGUGCGUGGGUGUGUAUGGACGAUGAAUAUGCUGUCUCUUCACAGACAACUGAUGACCAGUCACACAGUUUUAUCGGUAUGUUUAGACACUAUCUUGAAGACCAGAUUUACAUGCUGUGUAUCAUGUAAUGCCUUGCUCUUAACAUUUACUUUUUUGUAAAUUUUUUCAGAAUAUUUUUGGAAACAUAUCAAUACAAUUACAGUGUUUAGUGUUUGGGGAUGUCUUUAAAUCUAUUACGGUGUAUACAAGUUAGCAAUUUAAAGAGAUUUCUUCCCAAGUACGAGAAUAGGCAUCUUUCAAUUUCAUUUUAUUAGGUAUUAAUUAAUCUUUUGAGUAAGCAGAAAUUUAUUCUCAGGGUCAGCCAUACACUUUAUUGACCAGUACUUGAUAAUCUUUUCUGUAUAUAGCGAAUACAUUUUUACACACUAACAUGAGCAUUAACAAGUGAUGUAGUUGCCACAGAUAUAAUGGAAUUAUGGCUGAACUUUCUUUUGGAAGAAAACUUGAUAUAUUUCUGUGUGUAUGGGUUUUUUAUUUCCCAGAUUAGCCAUACAGUUCAUUUUGGAAUUCAGGUACCUUAAGUGUUAGCGAACAGUACAUUCAGUAAUUCCGAUGUGACUGUGUGACAUGGUACGGACAUUACAGGCAUCGUGGGACAACAGCACUCGUCUCACAUGCAGAGGGAUUAAAUUAGACCUGUGAAAUUAUAUUUGGAAAAAUGUGUGUCCAUAACUAACCCAUUGGUCUUCUGUUUAAGUUGUUUGGAUUCUUUCCCGCCAGCUCUGCCUACUCGCCACCUCACAUCAGCUGUAAAUUCAGAAGUACUUGUCCUGGCACUUGAGUGACUUCCUGUUUAUAUGUGCCCAAGGGAAGAGAGAGGCUUUAUAUUUCUGAUGCAGUGAUAGAUCCUCUGCCACGGAGACUGUCCUGCCGAGUGGCAAGCAAGGGUGAAGGGGGUCCCUGGUGACAUCUCUUCAUAGCGUCUAAAUGAUGGGUGACAGGUUGGCUUCCUUGAGUUUUCGUAUUUUUGUUUUAACUUGGGCUUCGGGCAAAAUCUUUAACCACUUUGGCCUCUGUUUCCUCCACCAGUGGGGGAGCAGUGGUACGUACCGCCCUCACAGUUGUUGGGAGGACUGGAUACUGACUUGAAGUGGGACUGCCGAGAACUGAUCCUUGCGUGAAAUUCCAGGGGCCUCUCUGCCGAGUCUGGUGAUGGGGGUGGGGCCGUGGCAACUCCUCUGCCACAGCUGCUCCUCAGAGGCGAUGCUGAUGCGGCCGGGGCAGGGCUCCGUUCACAGAGGCCGCUUAACUCAGCGCAGAGGAAAUCGAUUUCCUUACCUCUAGCCGCUCACUUUAUUUUUUAGCAGCUGUAAUGGGUUUCGCUGAGCCAUCUGCACUCUCACCAGCUUCCUCUGAAAUUAAGUCAAACGUAUUUACAAUCCAGAGCACAUUCUACAUAGACAGAGCAGUACGAUCACCUUCAUAAUCAAAUAGCUUAUUUUUCCAUCUCCUCUGCAACCCUAAGUAAGCAAGUACAUGGCUAUACAGUGUUGUCAAGGGCAGAAGCAGCAUAUAGUUAUAUGAAGUGUUAGUAUAUUCUUCGGUAACCCUGUAGCAGUUGGAUGCAGGGAACCAUGGGAGACUUUUUUUAAGCGAAGAGCUGUGCUCUUUUCUGACUAGACUGGGGUAUGUGGAGUCAGAAGAGGUUCAAAUAGCUUAGAUGGUGGUGUUAGGUUGUUCGUCCACUGGCUGUGCUGAAGGGCCAGAAAUGUCUCUUUAGAACAAGAGUCUAGAUCCCCCUUCUCUCCUUAGCCCCCUUCCAUUUCAGCUACCCCUUUAUUUAUUUUUCUAAUAAGAGGCCAAGUCUGUAAACUUUUGUCAAACUGAGCUAGAAGUUAUUUUGUUACUAUUUGUGUUUACCAGAGUUGGGAGAUAAGGUAGAGUUUUCAUGACGGUGUGUAUGUUUUCUACCAUGACUGUUAAAGGGCCGUAUGUUGCUAACUUGAGCAUAGAUGUAAGCCUCUGAAUACAUGGGGGUCUCUUUUUUCAUAUAUUAAAUGCAAGUUGUUAGUACCUCACGAGUUAAAGAAGGUCAGCCAUGAGAAUUUGUUUGGCAGCAUGAACAGAUUUGUAUAUAAAACUGCAAUGGUCUUUUUUUACUAUUAUUUUUUCAGAUUUCCUAAUACCUUAAAUACAUUUACAUCUCUAUUAGUUACUGACUUUUUGUUUGCCUUAUUUGGGCCAAGUUUUUUAUGCUUUGUACCUGGAAAACAAAUGAUUUCAGUCUUUGCGACGUUUUUUCAGUGUAAGGGUUACCACACACCAUCUGUGAUAUCAUACUGUCGUUUCUGUAUCAGUAUCUAAGGUUUCUGUCUAAAAUUGGCACAUGUAAGCAUUAAAGAAAGUGGUUAUAUAAUACAGUUGAAGUUCUUGGUCAUUAGAUGUUUGUUAGGGAUCUACUAUGUGUGAGACAUAAGACCAAUAAUAACAGAGAGUGAUGUUGACUGUUAAGUAUUCUUUGAAACAUGGCUGAAAUGCAGCUUAUUAUAAGUUUAUUAUUUUUCCUGUUGUAAAUAUUAGUGGUUUACAACGUGCUUUAGUGCAUAUUCCUUAAAAAUUUAAGCAGUGAGAAAUAAGACCCCUUUGAAUUUAGUGCUCUGUUUCUAAACUGAUAAUAUAGAACGUUACUUGGAAAAAGUCUGGAAUAUGUGGUGCACACAGCAGUGUUUCAUGAAUGAGUUUCUUAGUUUUUAUAAUGCACCAUGUUUCUCAAAGUUUGUGUUUUUUGUUAAUAAAACAUUUUAUCAUGUAUAUCCUAUGUUUAUUACUUUUUCUUCUUCACUUAGUUUGAUUAUGUACUGCACCGUAAGUUGAAGAUUAACCACCCGUUAUUUAUCUUCUGUGGCAAUUUAUAAUAUAUGUUUGGGUGGGUGGGGAAUUUUUUGCAGAAGGUGCAAAGUGAUUGGAUUUUUUACUUACUGUUCCAGGGAGCUUUUUUAACAUUCAUUUCCUGUGCAUGUUUUCAGUUCCCAUGCAAACUGUUCCUGUUUACAUACCUUCCGUGUUGUAUCAGUACUUUGAUUCUAGUGGGAUGACAGUUUACUUAAAACUUGAGAGGGCCAUUCAGCAUUGCCUAAUGUUUUUACUUCUCAGAUCUGUGUAGUACACUGGUUUGUAAUCUCUAUGUCUUCCUUGAAUCUGGGUGUCUUUGCUAUUUCUCUUCCUCCUCAAGGAAAUAUAUUGUCUUAUAUACUCUUUAAGAAAAGAGGGCAAAGAAGGGUAUCUUUCUUAUUCUCAUUUUCUUUGAGUUGGAAACAAACAAACAAACAAAAUGAAGGACUCCAACUAGAAGAUAAGACAUUUAAAUUUAAAUAACUUAGUUUAAGAGUUUCCAAGUAUUAGUUUUUGUUUUUUAGAAUCAGUUAAGAGACUGCUCCUUGUACUGGAGAUACUAGCAUAUGUUUGUAAUGUUACCUUAAAAUUAUAUUUUUAUUUUAUAAGUCCCAUACAUACUGGUUAAAUUCUUUAAAAAGUUGGGCUACUAUCAUGUAGGUUCACUGCCAUCGGCCCUGUUGAUUAUUAUAAAUGGCAUCCUUAUCUACUUAAUGCUUAAAGUUUUAUAUAAAAUGCUUUAUUUAGAAAACAUAUAAUAUAGUGGUAUCAGCCUUGCCAUGUACCAAUUUCACUUGAAAUGUGACACCAAUUACAAGUGGUUUGGGGUGGAGAAAGAGGUCCUGGAAAGCAUACAGAUAAGGAUAUCUUUUCCUAUUUGCAACAGUAUCCUUUAUGUGGGAGAAGUUACUAUUCCAAGGAAGGCAGCUUAAGUGGAUAUUCUUUUGUGUGUCAUUGAGAAUUUUCCUUAAAACAUUUUUUUAAAUUGUAUCAUUGUUAAAUGCCCAAUUUUGCUCAGUAUUUGCCUGAAGUUUUAGUAUUUGUUUUCUAGGAGGGCUUCUAAAAACCAUACCAGUACUUGGGGAGGUUGGAUGUGUAUGUUUCCAGGCUUGCUGUGUAUGAGUGGUUUUGCUUGCUUUUUGGUUGUGUUUUCCUCCAGAGGUUUGGAACCUUAAUUAGUAAUUGUGUGUGUGUGUGUGUGUGUUUUAAGUGGCUUUGGUUUUUUGUUUUUGUUUGUUUGUUUUCUUCUCAAGUAAAAUUGUGAACACAUUUGCUUUUCAAGGGCAGGGCAUCAGUUCUAGAGACUGAAGAGUAUUGUAGAUUGUACUAUGUGCCUUCUUGAUGUGUUUCCGGACACUUUUUUUUCGACAACUUGAAAACUCAAAAGGGACAUUUGAUUAGGUUAUAUACUGUACGUCAAUCUAUGCACAAAUGGCAGCUUGUUUUCUUGAGCCACUGUCUAAAUAUUUUUUUCUGUUUUUAUAGAAGGUUUUUAUACUGAUUAGUUCAUAGAUGGUCAGUUUUAUACACAGACUAAACAAUACAGCACUUUGCCAAAAAUAAGUGUAGCAUUGCUUAAACAUUGUGUAUUAUUAACACCAGUUCUUUGUAAUUGGGUUCAGUGGUGUAUUUUGCACUACCUGAAGUUAUGGUUUUUAAUCUGUCAGUAAAUAAAAUGUGCUUUAACUUCACAUUUGUCAGAUUCUCUUAUUUUUGUCUUUAUGGUCAUUAGUCUUAAAACUAUGUACAACUUACUUAAAAUACUUGCUUUUUAGUUUUACUUGUCCAAAAGAUAUAUUUAAUAUGCACUUUAAAUACUUUUUUUAAACUAAUUUUUAUUGGAGUAUAUUUGAUUUACAAUGUUGUGUUAGUUCCUGCUGUACAGCACUUUAAAUACUUUUUUAAACUUGCAUAAAUUACAUAUUAACAUUUUUCAUCUAAAAUGAAUAAUCAUUUAUGUGAACAUGAAUUUGAGGAUGACCCGCAGCCAGAACCUUUUCCCUCCAGCCAA